AAAGACGACCAUUUUGAGCAAAACAUCGUAAAACUAAGAGAAAUUUUCAAAAUGGGACAAGAUUACUACGAAAUACUGGGUAUUACAAAGAGCGCUUCGGAUGCAGACAUCAAAAAAGCAUUUCGAAAACUGUCGCUCAAAUACCAUCCAGACAAGAACCAAGAUGUUGGAUCUGAAGUGAAGUUCAAGCAUGUUGCUGAAGCAUACGACGUACUCAGUGAUCCAAAGACAAGAGCAGUCUAUAAUCAGUUUGGUGAAGAAGGGCUCAAAGGAGGAGUUCCUGAUAAAGAUGGCUGGACUCCAGGUUACACUUUCCAUGGCGAUGCAAACAGAGUUUUCAAGGAGUUCUUUGGUGGUGAUAACCCAUUUGCAGAGCUGUUUGAUUCAUAYGACCCUGAUAUUGGGUUUGGCGGUAUUCAUGGCAGGGGAAGAAGAAAGCAAGACCCACCSAUUGAAAGAGAACUUUAUCUUACUCUAGAAGAAGUUUWCAAAGGAUGUGUCAAGAAAAUGAAGAUUUCUAGAAGGGUAAUGAAUGAAGAUGGCCAUACAUCAAAUAUUAGAGAUAAGAUUCUCACCAUUCAUGCCGACAUUGUGUUCAUAGUAAAAGACAAACCACAUCCAAUAUUCAAACGUGACGAUGAUAACCUUAUUUAUACUGCCACAGUUCCACUAGGACAGGCAUUAACAGGUUGUGUGGUAGAUGUACCAACACUGGACGGCAGACUGAUCAGCAUUCCCAUCAAYGACAUUGUCAAGCCAGGAUACCAGAAAGUUGUGACAGAAGAAGGCAUGCCGUUAUCCAAGACGCCACAACAGAAGGGAGACCUUAUAAUACAGUUUGAUAUUCGAUAYCCUGACCAUCUUAGUCCAGAACAAAAACGAUUAUUAAAAGAAGCCUUACUGUAAUCUUUUCUUAUGAAAAUUUGAAAUUAGAAGUCUGUACAGAUUAAUUUUUACACUUGAACAUUGUAUAUAUAAUAUUGUGAAUGUUGAGAUUGUGUUAAUUGAUGGUAAUAAAAUGUCCUGAUUCAA